AUGAAGGAGACCAAGCAGCUGCAGGCAGGAGAUACUGCUGUUCUGCCAAGUAUCAGUGAGCUCGAAGCAGCAGAGCAGGAGGCAGCCCGGUUGGGCGGUACGACCGUCAUACAUUUCCUGCACGUGGCAAUACUUGGUGCGGCACGCGUUGGAAAGACCAGCUUGCUGAAGGCGUUGCUUGAGAAGAUGCACAAUGAGAAUGAACUCAGCACGCCCGGAAUGCGCACGUCCUACACAACUACAAACAUCUCUGAUGACUGUCGAUUCAUCGAAUGCCCAGACAUGCCAGAUGCUCUGAGUCGACUCUACGUCAUCACCAUGAUGUGCAAACCAUCCACUUCGAAUCAUCCCCAAGACAAAGAGACAACACAAGAUGACAGAGAGAGAGCCACUGCAGGAGAGGAUCCUGUGGCUGGGACCCAUGCAGGACCUAUGGAGGACAGCAGUAGCAGCAGCAGCAGCAGCGACAAACCAGCAAUGCGCGAGGAAAUCCACAAGACCAUCACAGGAUUUCUCAACGCAGACCGGGUAAAGUACAUCUCUGACCGGGCCAACACGCCCGACUAUACUGUCAUCACAUUCCGCGACCUUGGAGGGCAGCAAGUCUACCAAUCCGUGCAGCCCCUCUUCAUGGCCAAAAACACAACCUUCAUUGCCACAUACAACUCUUCUCUGGACCUUCUAGAGACCCUUCCCAAGCUUGACGAAUUUCAGGUCAGCCGGGAAGAAUGUAUCGAGCGGGCCACUCUACCGGCCAACGCGACUCGCCUAGACCAGCUGCUCGGCUGGCUCGACAUGCUGCUGCUGAAUACAAAAGCUGACAGCAGCACAGACCAGAGUGCUGCAGAUGAUGUGUUUGUAGUGGGGUGUCAGAGUGACAGGUGGAACAAAACCGAUUUGCCUGAUCCUUGUAAGCUACUUCAAGAGAAGAUAAAAGGUACCCCGUACCAGAACCUUGUCUGGAACGAAACUUCGCAUUUUAAAAUUGACAACACCAGAUCCACUGGAAGUGCAGCGCAAGCAGAUGAGCUACAGCGAUUGAGAGAGGCCAUCGUCGACCGCUGCCAGAAGAGCCAACGUAACAUCCCUGUUCCAUGGCUCCGAUUCUGCAUAUCCAUACACACGCUCAAGCAGGAGGUCUCGUGGCCUUGGAUUUCCUUCAAGGAGGCAAAGUUCAUAGCAAAGCAAGUCAAGGCUGUUCCACAUGACUACAGUGACCGGCAAGUACAGCAGCUGCUGAAGUACUGCCACGAAGCAGGCCACCUGGCGUACUUCCCAACUUUCAAGCUGAAAGACACGGUCAUCCUGGAGCCCCAGUUCAUCCUGGACUGUGUCAAUGCCUUUGUCUACAUGAAGCCUGACCGAGACAUCACAGUGAACGAAGCGCGGCGCUAUCGUUCUGGGUUCAUGACAGAGUCCCUGGCACGCAAAGCUCUCAACAAGAUGUUCGAGGGUCAGUCUUACUGCGACCAUGCAAAGGCGUGGCAAGCAGUCAGAGCAAGCAGUGAUGGGUUCAAGCUCAUUUUUGAAAUCUUAGAAUGGCUCUCAGUCCUGGUAAUUGUGCAGGAUGAGAGGUCUGCUGAGCACGAGUUUAUUGUACCUGCAGUCGUCCAGGACAUGGGCACGGUCCCGCAGACGCCUUGUUCCUGUGUCUUCGUGUCCUUGAAGCACGCAAACUGCGAUGAGUUGAUGCGCUUUCCCGUGUUCCUGUAUUGGCAAUGCGUGGUGGAGGUGCUGCUUAAGUCACACAAGCGCUCGUCUGCCACACUGUCACGGUGCAGCGUUCGCCUUCGCUGGAACAGAGAUUGGCCGUGGCUGCACCUGCACUAUACACGCUAUGGCUUACAAGUGUACGUCGAGUGCAAGGGCCGACACGGCGGCAGCGGAAAGUCUACGCUGGAUGAAGUCCGGGCAAUCGUGCUCACAGUGGUACGGAAGUGGGGCCUGCAGGUCGAAGUGAUCAGCACCCUGCCAUGCCCCUGCGGAGAAACAUCGGGCGAGGAGUGUUUACAGCAUGGCUUAUCUACGUGCCGCGCGCCAAGCUGUGCGCACGCCUUGGACGCUUCCACCCUAGUGGCUGAAGACUACCCACUGUGUACACGUUCAAAUCCGGAUAUACAGAUGAUCCGUGAGCAGGCCAUGUUCUGGCUGGGCCUUGACCAGGAUGCAUGUGGAAAGCUGUUUGACCCGAGAUCGGCCUCUCUUCCUUCAGAAAAUCCCUCUUCUGGCAAUCCUCAUUUACCAGCAUCAGAAGGAACACUCUGCCCAGUAGCAUCACAGCCAGUAGCCACCUCAGCAGUGACAGGCUCAGUAGCAGCAUCACAGCCAGUAGCCACCUCAGCUGUGACAGGCUCAGUAGUAGCAUCACAGCCAGUAGCCACCUCAGCAGUGACAGGCUCAGUAGCAGCAUCACAGCCAGAAGCCACCGCAGCAGCGAUAGGCUCAGUAGCAGCAUCACAGCCAGUAGCCACCUCAGCAGCGGCAGGCUCAGUAGCAGCAUCACAGCCAGUAGCCACCUCAGCAGCGACAGGCUCAGUUGUAGCAUCACAGCCAGUAGCCACCUCAGCAGUGACAGGCUCAGUAACAGCAUCACAGCCAGUAGCCACCUCAGCAGCUUCAGGCUUAGUAGCAGCAUCACAGGCAGUAGCCACUUCAGCAGUGACAGGCUCAGUAGCAGCAUCACAGCCAGUAGCCACCUCAGCAGUGGCAGGCUCAGUAGUAGCAUCACAGCCAGUAGCCACCUCAGCAGUGACAGGCUCAGUAGCAGCAUCACAGCCAGUAGCCACCUCAGCAGUGACAGGCUCAGUAGCAGCAUCACAGCCAGUAGCCACCUCAGCAGGGACAGGCUCAGUAGCAGCAUCACAGCCAGUAGCCACCUCAGCAGUGACAGGCUCAGUAACAGCAUCACAGCCAGUAGCCACCUCAGCAGUGACAGGCUCAGUAGCAGCAUCACAGCCAGUAGCCACCUCAGCAGUGGCAGGCUCAGUAGCAGCAUCACAGCCAGUAGCCACCUCAGCAGUGGCAGGCUCAGUAGCAGCAUCACAGCCAGUAGCCACCUCAGCAGCGACAGGCUCAGUAGCAGCAUCACAGCCAGUAGCCACCUCAGCAGUGACAGGCUCAGUAACAGCUUCACAGCUAGUAGCCACCUCAGCAGUGGCAGGCUCAGUAGCAGCAUCACAGCCAGUAGCCACCUCAGCAGUGACAGGCUCAGUAGCAGCAUCACAGCCAGUAGCCACCUCAGCAGUGGCAGGCUCAGUAGCAGCAUCACAGCCAGUAGCCACCUCAGCAGUGGCAGGCUCAGUAGCAGCAUCACAGCCAGUAGCCACCUCAGCAGUGACAGGCUCAGUAGCAGCAUCACAGGCAGUAGCCACCUCAGCAGUGACAGGCUCAGUAGUAGCAUCACAGCCAGUAGCCACCUCAGCAGUGGCAGGCUCAGUAGCAGCAUCACAGCCAGUAGCCACCUCAGCAGUGACAGGCUCAGUAGCAGCAUCACAGCCAGUAGCCACCUCAGCAGUGGCAGGCGCAGUAGCAGCAUCUCAGCCAGUAGCCACCUCAGCAGCUUCAGGCUCAGUAGCAGCAUCACAGCCAGUAGCCACCUCAGCAGCUUCAGGCUCAGUGGUAGCGUCACUAAUAGCAUCACCGGCUGUGGCAUUACUAGUAGCAUCACUGUUAGCAGCAGCAGCAGCAUCAGUAGCAUCUCCAAUAGCAGCAGCACUGGUAGCAGCAGCAGUCCUUGCUGCAGUAGCACUUUCAGCAGCAGCAUCACCAGUAGCACCUCCAGCAGCAGCACCUGCAGCAGCAGCAGCAGCGACUACAGCAGAAGCCUGUGCCAGUGUGGACAGUAGAAGCGGUGGUCACGGUGCUCGUGGAAGCGGUCAUCACAGCGCUGGUGGAAGCGAUGGUCACGACGCUGAAUUCAUGUCACUUGGUGCCAUUGGUGGAAAGACACUCGAUCAGAUUGCCGACUGGCAUGCGUUUGUUAGCUCGAUUGAACCGUUCAUCGGUGGAGAGGAGGAAGGCGACGAGAGAGCAAACUGCGGUAAGGCGGCUGUGCAGCUAGUGGCUCCAGAAUACACAAACUACUACCGCAACGUGCUAAAGUCGUUUCACGAAAUGAAGAAAGGCAACAUCGGAGGCCCAGGCAAAGGAGAGAACAACCUCUUCUGUAUCUUGCUGUAUCUGAUGCAACGUCCGAGCACAACCGUCCAAGAGCUGUUUAACCUGCUGGCUGAUAAUGCCAAGCAUAGCCGGCGCCAUCUUUUCACAGCAAUCAAGAAUGCCAAGUACUUGAAACAAUAAGCAGGAAAUGAGGCCUUGUCCAGAGAUGGCAGGGGGGGGGGGGGCAAGCGUCUGCUCUCCGACCCCCAGCCGCUCAGUGCCUCGGCCAGAUCGGAUUAGCAGCCUGGCCGCCCUCCGGGCAGCGUCGUGGAGCCUGAUGUCUUGUGACCGGAGCGUUCAUCCUAGGCAUCAUGGGCGCUGUGUGUUUUCAUUGCCAGUUGGCCUGUGUUGCUGUGAUCAGACCUUGUCAUUUUCCUUCAUCAUGAAUUUACACAUAGCAGUGAUGUUUCUAAUGUCUUGAAGUACACUUAAAGCUCACAUGCUAUUUACUUUGAAUUGCCGCUAGUAAAUUUUGAAAAUAAUAAAUUAUCACUUUUCAAUCCAUGUCAGACAAUCAGGGAAGUUUUUGAAGCUCCUCUCAUUCCCACCAUUAAUGUAGUAAGAAUAUUAAUUUCAAGACACGCUCGCGUUAGCCUUUACUGAAACUUGACUAACCAUAUUGAGAUCACCAUGUCUCUGUGCGUUGAGCCAAUCCACAUUGAUUUCAUAGAAGCCUAACCUAUCUAUAUCUUUGCAGACUUGAUUUUUGUAUCCAAAUUCAAGACUGAAGAUCUUACCAGAACUUAGUAGUAGAAAGCGGUGAAUGCGUUGAAAUAGGCUGGGAAUUUCUCUAUUCUAUGCUAAUAAAUACAUAAUUAUGACAAUGCCUUACUCUUUUUGCUGUCAUCGGCUCACUGCUGAUGAGAUAUAACAAGGUGGAAACAGCUGGCUGUCUGAGAUUUGAGUAUGUUUUGUUUGUGUUUUUAAAUUGUUGACCACCUCCCUUUGGUGUCCCAGCAGCUGAGACUGCUGUUAUCACCACCAUGUCUUCACCCAUCCACCUCCCUUUGGUGUCCCAGCAGCUGAGACUGCUGUUAUCACCACCAUGUCUUCACCCAUCCACCUCCCUUUGGUGUCCCAGCAGCUGAGACUGCUGUUAUCACCACCAUGUCUUCACCCAUCCACCUCCCUUUGGUGUCCCAGCAGCUGAGACUGCUGUUAUCACCACCAUGUCUUCACCCAUCCACCUCCAAUUCUAAUUGCAACGCUUUACUAUUUUAAAAACACUCAAUCACUGUGUGA